UCUGGCGUUCCUGCUGGUCCUGGUGCUCCUGGCGGUCCUCCACCUCCUGGUGCUAAACCAGGCGCUCCUCCUCCACCACCUGGUGCAAAGCCUGGCGCUCCACCUGCUCCUGCUGGUGCUAAGCCUGGCGCUCCACCUGCUGCUGCUAAGCCUGGUGAGGACAAGAAGGACGACGACAAGAAGAAAGAGGACGACAAGAAGGACGAUGCAAAAGCUAAGGGCCCAGGAGAUGGAAAGUCAUCGAAGGCUGGAGAUGAUAAGCCACCGGCGGAUAAGGCUGCUGAGGGAGCGGACAAGAAAAGCGCUGCUGGAGCCGAGAAACCAGGAGAGAAAUCGAAGAAAGACGACGCUGACAAAGACAAACCUGCGGAAGGCGCUAAGGAUGAGGAGAAGAAAGAGGGUGGCGAUGAUGAGAAGAAGGAGGGCGGUGAUGAGAAGAAGGAGGGCGGCGAUAAGAGCGAGAAGGGAGCGGAAGAAGGCAAGAAGGAUGAGAAGGAAGAAGGCGGCAAGGAAGAGGAUGAAGGCAAAGGCGAAGAAGGAGGAGAGGAAUAAUCAGAAUAUCACAACUAUUCCCCACUUCUAUUCUCCCCUUAUCACCUUGUAAUGUAAAUAGGAAACUACUAUCUAAAUGUUC